AUGGAGCCUCUCGUUUCAAAAUACGUACCCCACGUCCUCCUCCAUCUUCUUUCCCUCGCACCAUCUCAAUACUGUCAAGCCUACUUCACCAUCCUCGGACUCGGAUGCGUCGGCCUCCAGCUCCUACCAUCUCUCCAAGAUGCCCUACUAAACUACGGCGCCCGCAAAGCCGCCGCUGGUGAUAGCACCGCAACAGGGGGCACCACCGAGGAAAGCCUGCUGGUCACGCUCUUGCGCAAGCUAGGCCUACUCACGCGCGUGCCGCACUCGUGGUUCGUGCACUUCUACGUUGCCUUGUUGUGCCUCCAGGCCUUUUGGGCGGUCCAGUUCGUUACGCAUGGAAGGAUAUUGACGACUAUUGCCGAGCGGGAGGUUGCCAGUGGGGGAGGGGGGGGAAUGACGCUGGGGCAGGUUGUGCUUGUGUGGGUGAUGUUGUCGAUACAGGGUGCUAGGAGGUUAUAUGAGUGUUUGGUCAUCAUGAAGCCCUCUGCGUCUCCGAUGCUGGCUGUACAUUGGGUAUUAUCCUUUCUGGUUUACGUCUUCAUGAGCAUCUCGAUCUGGGUCGAAGGAUCAGCAUCGAUUAUCAAUGUCUCCCUGGCAGAUGCAAACCUAGCCCCUCCCUUCCAUACCCUAUUUCCUUUUAUCUCCUUCGUCGUGGCAUCUAGGCAGCAGCAGGAGGCGCAUAAACAUCUCGCUAGUCUCAAAAAGUACACGCUCCCGACCCAAGGCCUCUUCAGCAACAUCGUCUGCCCGCACUAUACAUGCGAAUGCCUCAUCUAUGUCGGCCUCGCCGCUGCGGCUGCACCUCGCGGCCACGUCUUCAACCCAACCCUUUUGUGUGCCCUCUUCUUCGUCGUGGCCAAUCUGGGAGCGACGGCGAACAAUACCAAGCGAUGGUAUGUUGAGAAGUUUGGUGCCGCCAAGGUCCCGCGAUGGAGGAUGAUUCUGUUCAUCUUCUAG